AUGCGCACCUCCGCCGUCUACGCUGCCUUCGCGGCAGUCCUCAUGUCCUCGGUCGUCGCCAGCCCUCUGCCCGUCCCAGCUGCCGUUGCUGCUGCAGAGCCGCACGUUGUUGAGAGGCAGCUCUUGAAGGGUGUGGGCGGUCUGCUCGGCAUGAACAGCGAGGACGACAACGAUCCUGCUGCGGGGAAUGGCAACAAGGGGAACGGCGCCAACGGGAACUCCGCAAAGGGCAACGGCAAUGCGAACAAGGCUGGGAACAACAACAAGGCCGGCAACAACAAUUCUGCUGGCAAUGGUGAGUUGUAG